AAUAAACACGCUUUAGUGUAGUUAGAGUUACACCAUAGAUUCUCAUUACUUCACUUUACGUACAACAAAGUUCUAGUCUUAUUUGUAUUAUUAUUUUCUUUAUUUUUUUUUUAUUUAAAAAAAAAGACAUCAUUAGUUGUAAUUUAAGUGAAACUUUUCCUAAAGUUGCAAGUUCCUGUAAUGUCUAUUAAUCUUUCUUUCUUUGCUUCAUUAUUAAUUGUUUGCUACGUGAUAAAUUUAAGUGAAACUAUGCGGCUCUUCCCUUUAAACAACGACGUCUGUAUCGAAAUCCUCCACCAAGCAGGAGUAGACGUAACAGACGUGAAAAUAAUUCGCCACGAUCUCGACGCCAAAUCAACCCUCCAAACCGGUCAAUCACCUAAUCGAGAAGUAUUCCGACUAUUCAUCGAUUACGAAAAAGAUAGCCAAACUUACAACACCACUUUUCUCGUAAAAGCACCCAUAUCUUCGAUAAUGUACAACUUUCUGUACAAAUACGGAGUUUACGAGAAAGAAUUCGCCCUGUAUUCGAAAGUAUUUCCAGAAAUGUCGAAGCUCGAGCAGCAAUCCUUCUCCGCUAAAUUCAUAGCCGGUGAUGAUAGCAAAUACAUUAAUACUCUGAUUCUCGAAGACAUCUACUCCUCAGGGUUCAACGUUAAACCCCCCGAUGCUCUUCAACAUUUAAAUGUACACGAAUGCCAAUUAGUAUUCGAAAUGCUGGGCAAGUUUCACGCUCUAUCAAUCAUCUUAGAUAAACGUGAACUGAUACCCGAAAUCGUGAAAAUUAUUCCUGAACCAGAAAACGAAUACGAAGACGAAGACACGUGUCAGGAUUGCGAUAAAGCUCGAGCUUACUUCGAUCAAGGAAUGAAUCACUUCGUUCAAAACCUCAGUCCGGAAAUAAAAGAAAAAUACGCCGAAAAACUCGACUCGAUCAAAGACAACAUAACCGAUAAAGUUAACGAAGGAAUGAAAAACAGUCUGAACGUUAUAGCCCACGGUAACCUGAUGCCUUCUAAAUUAUUAUUCAAGUACAACGAAGAAAACAAUGUAGCCGAGCAAGUGAAACUCAUGGAUUUCCAAGCAGCUAAAUGGAAUCCUCCUCUAAUCGAUAUUUUCUACUUGGCGAUCACUGGAAUGAAAUUUGAAGACGUUCAACAGCAUCUCGAUUCUUUACUCGAGAUAUACUCCACUUCUAUGAACGAGCUGCUGAAGAAACACCAAGUAGAUUUAUAUCCUUUGGAAGAUUUGAAAAAUGAUAUGCGUAAGCAACAUUUGACAUUUAUGUGGAUCUGCGGAGUUGUGUUGCCUUUAAUGAACAAUCCUCAAGUGCCAGUUGAGCUAGAUGGGUACUCGUUCAAGGAGCCUUUGUCUGCAGAUAGCAUGGCGACGGUUUAUAGCAGUCAAACGUACGUGGAUGCGGCUUCCAAAUGGUUCAUGUUUUUCGUCGAAAGAGGUCUGUUCGAAGACUGACGAAGAACAUAGGUAAUGAACAAAUCCGGAGAUUCGUGCUUUCAGACUGUAAUGCUGUGAUUAUUCAAGUACCUAGCUACCUACUUAAUUCUUGAUUUCCAUUUUUUUAGAUUUUUUUUUUUUUGUAAUCACAAAAUUAGUAAUUUACCUGUUAUUGCAUUUAGCUUGUAAAUAAUUCUUGUGAGAACAGUUUUUUUUUUUUUUUUUAAUAGUUCUGUGAUUGAUUUGAAAUUAAAAAUAAGGAUUUCCUUUGUACCUAAUCGUUGAUGCAUUUUUUAAAAAAAUUAAAAUUAAAAUGUUCCCAUUUUCAACUAAUUUUACUUUACUUCUACAUAUAAUACUUAGAUACACCUAAGUUAACUACUUUUUUUUUUUUUUUUUUUUUUGUAAUAAUUUUCCAUCUUUUGUACAAAUUUGAAUACAAAGCUUCCAAAGAAAAGCAAUUUGGACACCACUGACCAGAAAUUUCGCCACCUUUGAUUUUAUUUUUACUCAUUUUUUCUCUCGAGGCUUUCAUUUGACCAACAAACUUGGUUUUUAUAUUAGAACAGUGAUCGAGAAACAUAAAAAAAUUGAGAAUGAUUGAAAUUUAUUAUGAGACGUAAAAUUUCUUACCAGCCAAUCCAAUGCUAAUAUUUUUCUCCAGGAAGCUUUUGUUUUCAAUAGAAAUCUGCAAAAAAAAAAAAAAUGAAAAUUAGAUUUUCAAACGUCUAACGCGAAUAUCUCAAAAACUAUAAGCUAUUCUAGACAAGAAAAAGGCUAGUGGAACAUUUAAAUAAGGAUCUUUAGGCUUUACAAUUUUACUUCUAUUCAUUUUUAUAUUAUUUCAUUUCAUUUUUUUAUUGGUAGCAUUGCAAAAACGGCGACAAAAUGGGAAAAUUUUCAACUAAAAAGAUGGUUUGGCUGAAAAAUUUCUCGUAGGCCUAUUGGAAAAAAGUAGGUAUGUAACUCCAUUUUAUAAGUCAAUCGAUAUUUUUAAAAUCAAAAAACAACGAUCUGAACGAAAACAGCUGUUUUAAAAUUGAAAAAUACUGAUUAAAAUUUUGACCUUUUUUUUACAUUUUUGUCCCAAAUUUGAUUUUUAAAAAUUCACCAAAAAUCGAAAAAAUGUCCUUCAGCAUCUGAAAAUAGCUUAUCUUCAAAACCAUAGAGAGGUGAUAAUAUGAGUUGACAUGAUUUUAUAAAAAGAUAAAAACCCAAACACUUUUUUUUAAAAGUUCUUCAUUGAAAAUUUGAAUUUUGUUGAAUUAAGAAUGUCGUCAAUUUGUUCGUGAACGAUUCACGAAAAAUAAAUUGAAUAAAUCGAGUCGUUCGCGAAUGAUUCACGAAAAAUAAGUAAAUGAAUGAAUUGAGCAUUGAGUAAAUGAAUCGAUUCAUUCGUGAACGAGUCACUUAUUAUAGGAAUUCAUUCGUUCGCGAACGAGUCACAUAUACGAAUCGAUUCGUUCGCGAAUGAUUCAUCAAAAAUUGAGUAAAUAAAUCGAUUUGUUCGCGAACGAGUCAGGAGUCACUGUUCGUGAACGAUUCACCCAAAAUAAAUUGAAUAAAUCGAGUCGCGUUCGCGAAUGAUUCACAAAAAAUAAUUAAAUGAAUAAAUUGAGUAAAUGAAUCGAUUCGUUCGCGACCGAGUCACUUAAAAAUUGAUCAAUUCGUUCGUCAAUUCGUUCGCGAAUGAUUUACCAAAAAUAAAAUGAGUAAAUCGAGUCGUUCGCGAAUGAUUCACGAAAAAUAAAUUCAAUGAAUCGAUCCAUGUGCGAAUCAUUCACCAACAAUAUUCGUUCGCGAAUGAUUCACUAGCAAUUGAUCAAUUCGUUCGUGAAUGAUUUACCAAAAAUUCCAUUACUAUUCCUAUGAUGUUGGACUUUCACCAUGAUCCAAAUUUCAAACUCAUACCAAUCGAUUCGUUCGCGGACAAGUCACUCAUACCAAUUGAUUCGUUCACGAACGAGUCACUUGUACGAAUCGAUUCGUUCGCGAACGAGUCACUUGUACGAAUCGAUUCGUUCGCGAACGAGACACUUAUACGAAUCGAUUCGUUCGCGAACGAGUCACUUGUACGAAUCGAUUCGUUCGCGAACGAGUCACUUAUACGAAUCAAUUCGUUCGCGAAUGAUUUACCUACAAAUCAAUCGAAUGAUUCACCAAGAAAUCAAUCAAUUUAUUUACUAAAUCGCCAAUUGUUCGUAAAUGAUUCAAUUCGAUUGUAAACAGAUCAAUUGCUGUAAAAAUGUUUCGAAAAAAGUGAAUCAAUUCGUUCGUAAAAAAUUUUUAUAUUUUGAAGAAAAGUCGGUCUUCUCACGCUAAAUGCGUGAGUUUUUUUUUUUUUGAAGUUCUUCAUUGAAAAUUUGAAUUUUGUUGAAUUAAGAAUGUAAGUUCCACUGUGUGAAAAUCCAGAAAAACUUUUGCCCCUUUAAUUUUCAGAUUAACUAAAUAGGCAGUUUCAGAAAAAUCACAAAUAUUUUGACAAGUUUAAUGUACUACUUUAUUCUUUCAUUUCCCAAAACAUGUCUUGCUUGGGAGCCUUUGAACAACUAAAAUCCCUUUUUUUAAAAAUAUGAAAACUCGAAUGAACCGACUAAGAAAACUGUAAUAUUAUUACUAGAAUUAUUGCUUGAAUCAAAGACGAAAGGAGGGGGCGAGGUGUUGAAAAUUAUACUCAAUUCGAAGACAUAGAUAUUCUGAAGGACUCUGGAACUUUUCAGCUUUUUUGUUGAUGUUGAAUGAGUUGCAUGUUGCAUACGCUGCAUGCAGUUUGCCGUAAUCAUUUACAUCGUCGAUGAAUUUUUUUGCGCGCCCCCCCCCCGUACUUCGUCUCAGACACCAUUAUCGAGGACUAUUUUCACCUCAGAACAAUGAAAUAUUAAUCCUAUUGAAUUCUUCUCAAAUUGUGUAUAAUCUUAUCUACACAGAGGCUUGUUGAAAAUGCUGCCUUAAGAAAAUUAAUCCCAUUAAAAAUAGCUUUCUUAGUCAAAUUAAACAAACGGUUGUCCAUAUAGGUACCUAAUUCACAAAGCAUGCUCGUAUAACGAUUUAGCUAUAACUCUGUAUGUAUUUAGAGUACCUACCCAAAAAAUGAUUUUACAAUCACUUAAAUUGGCACAUAGUGAAUAGGUACUUGAAAAAAAAACAAUUCAAUCCGAAUCCAAUUCCAAGAAUUCAUCGAUAACAUUAUUUCAUCAUCGAGUAAACUUUGAAAGAUUUUUGAUCGACUUAGGUAAGGUAGGUAGAUCAAUAUAUGAAUCACGAAUUCACGAUACUGUGCUAACUUACCUGGCUUACUUUUAAUAAUGUAAUAUCAUCGAAUUAUGCUGCAGAUUAAAAAGCUGCCAUCACGAUGAGAUUAGUUAUGUACUUUCAGUACACUUUUCAUUACCUUCAACGAGUACCUACCAUACGUAUUUUUGCAUUCGUAAUUCUCAACCAAAGCCCAUUUAAUUGACACUAGAACACGUGAGAAAAGAAGGGCGAUAACACUGUGGCAUUAAUUAAAGGUUUCUGGUUCGAUAAAAUUGACAGUAUUGAUACGAAGUCAGUUAAACAUUGUUUCUGUGAUCAUUCAUUUUCGAUUUUUUUCCCACCACGAUUAAGUAUAAUUUUUUUUUGCGAAUUUUUCCUAAUCAGUUCCUCAUCUCAAGUAAUCUAAAAAUGUCUUUCAAAUUUUUUUAUAUCAUAUUUUUAUCAAUUUAUCACAUCGUUAUGUCGAAUGAAGCGAUACAACAAGAUAACGAAAAAGUUUGCUUCGAAUUACUCAAACGAAUCGGCGAAGAUGUAUCGAAUAUCAAUAUAAUUGACUACAAACUAGAUCAUAUUCAAAUCGCCGUACGACCCAAUAAUUCAGAAGACAAAAAAGCUGUCCGAAUAUUCAUAAGGUAUCUAAAUGGUACCCAGACGUACGACAAAUCGUUUUUAUUAAACGUGCCCCUAAUAACGCCAGUUACAUGUGGAACUUGCGGAAUAAAACGAUCGCAAUAUUGGAGCAGUCCUUCAGAAAUUUACAAGUGUUCUCGUGGACUGGAUCCACCUCCAAUAAAAUCAGAAUUCAGGUUCAAUGAUUACGUUAAUUUGUUCUGGGUGUUUUUGAAUACCUGGUGAGGAAAUCCACCCUCCCUUUCAGGUAGUCUCUUGGUUUGGCUCGAUAUUUCGUAUUUAUUCGUGUCAUAAAAAAUAGUCUAGUCAUACGGUGAAUAAUUUUGAAGAGUAAAUUGAUUAAAGAAAUGAGAACGAAAACACCAGACUUUCGAAUAUCAAGUCGUUCUAAAAAUUUAAUUACUUUAAGUACCUACUCAACUCAAAUCAAGACUGUAAAAAGGUAUUAUUAUUUUUUUUGCCCAAUGCAAGUGCAAAAUAAGUUAUUUUACUGUAUUAUUUUUCAUGAAUCUUACAAUUUCUUCAUUUUUAUGAUGAUUGUUGAUUGUUGAUUUUUGAUACUUCAUGAUUUAAUAAAAUUAUGUUCAGGA